AUCCUGGCAGCGGUUUGUUAGCUCGCAGGGGUGUGGCAGCCAGCCUCAUUCGCGUCUAAUUAUUCAUCCGCAUCGAGAGGACAAGAAAACGCAGCCAUGGCGCAAGGCCUCAAAGAAAGAUUUGACAAGUUUCUCCACGAAAAGAGUCUCGUGACAGAUGCUCUCGGUAAAAUCGAGGCCAAAACGGGAGUAAACAGGACGUACAUCGCUGCGGGUGUGGUCGGUGUCAUCGCAAUUUAUCUGGUCAUCGGGUACGGAGCCUCCCUGCUGUGCAACCUCAUCGGCUUCCUUUACCCAGCAUACAUUUCGAUUAAGGCCAUUGAAAGCAUCUCAAAGGAUGAUGAUACAAAAUGGCUGACCUACUGGGUGGUGUACGGACUCUUCAGCGUGGCGGAGUUUUUUGCCGACAUCUUCCUCUCCUGGUUCCCUUUCUACUACAUUGGAAAGUGUGCCUUCCUGGUGUGGUGCAUGGCUCCGACUCCUUCGAACGGCUCCAUCCAGAUUUAUCAUCGCAUAAUCCGACCGCUUUUCCUCAAGAACGAAGCCAAGAUUGACGACGCCGUGAAGAACAUCAAGGAUAAAGCAUCGGACGCAGCUGACAAAUUUAAAGAAGAGGCUAAAAAAGCCACAGCAAACAUCAUCUUUGAGGAGAAGAAGAGCUCUUAGGAAUGAGACCUUCCCAAAGUCGCUGAGGAACGCAGAAGAAAACGCCUUGGAUGUUGAUUUUAUGUCGGUGCAUUUUGUGUUAACUUAAGCUUUAUGUCAGCCUUGUUGCCAAUAUAUAUAUAUCCUGUAUCAUUAAAGGUCUUUCUACGUAUUGAUUAGCUUCAGUUCACCAUUAUCCUCCAGGGUCAUUGAGCCCAGGGUUCCUUUACUGUAUGCCUCUUAAAUAAAAUAAAUUAACUGAGGUUAUCUGUUAAUCCUGAUUUCUUCCAUCGUGGUCUGCGUAAAAAAA